AUGUUAUAUGGUCUGAACGACUUGAUCGAGAAGUGGCUGAAGGAGUCGGAUCUGCUUCGCUUGGAGCACGUGGUGAUCGCCGGACAGGGAGAGCGACUCAUCGGCAAGAAGUCGCCCGUGAGUCAGGUGCAGGACUUCCUGGACCUGGUGCCCACCUAUAUGAACAAGAUCAGGACAGUGCACGACACCGUCAUCCGCGGUAAUGUGGCCGAAGCCAAGCAGGUGCUGACCCGCAAACGGUUCGCACUCAGUCGCGACCAUUUAGGCGCCAGUCCUCUGCAUUUGGCGGUAUUGCACGCCCACUGGGAUGUCAUGGCCUACAUCAUCACACAGUUUCCCGAGACUAUCAAUGGUCCGGACAAUGAGGGGCGAACGCCAUUACAUUACGCGGCGGUUAUGACUGACGCGGAAAAAUUAUUUUACAAACGUCUGGUUGAGUCAAACGCCGACCCGGCCCUCAAUGAUAAAAUCGGACACAGCGCUGAAUACUAUUUACUGAAUCCGGGAGUCCUGACGAUCAGGCAAUUGCUGGAGAACUAUAUGCCGCCGGAAGAGCAGCACAGGUAUACCAACAGCGCGGAGGUGUGGCGCCGACCUCCCACCGCCGAUAUCGAGUCACGUCUGACGCCGACUCCGGACGACUCGGACUCGUCGAUGAUGUCAAACGUGAACCAUAAGCACGAAGUGGACGCCGAG